AUGGAAGAUGAUGUGAUGCUUGACAUCAAAACUAUGAUUCGAGACAGUAGGGAUAGCCACAUGUAUCGAGGCAGGUGUAUCCCUAGAGUGACUUGUAUAGAACUUCCAGAUGCUCACACCCCAAAAUUUGUUUCUAUUGGUCCCUUUCAUUGCGGUGAUAAGAGGCUGCGAGAUAUGGAAAGGCUCAAGCAAGUUUUUCUCAAAAAAUUUACACAAAGAAGCAGAGCAAACCUGGAUGUUUUGAUUAGUUUUGUGAAAAGUUCAGUGUCGAAAGUGCGUGCUUCUUAUUCAGAGAACAUCAAUCUCACUGAUAAGGAACUCGUGAAAUUGAUAUCAGUGGAUGCUGCUUUCGUCGUCAAACUUUUCAGCCCUCUGCGUUAUAAGACAGAUAUGGUUGAUGAUGUACUGUCACAUCCAUCAAUUGGAUAUCUACAUCUAGAUUUAAUUUUAUUUGAGAAUCAACUACCAUUAUUUGUUUUUGAAGAGCUAUUCAAUAUAGCAUUUCCCCCUAACCUUCGUGAUGAUGGAAUCACUUUUUCUGAGCUUGCUUAUCGGUUCUUUAGUGAAGCAUUCGACCUUGAAAAGCCAAAGCAUGAUCUUGAUAAUGUGAGCACAAAGCAUUUCACAAAUUUGCUUAGGUUUUUGUUGUUAGAAGGAGGUCCUCCAGAAGCGGAACCAUUCUUUUACACUACUGAUGUUCUUUCAUACAGUGCAGAGGAGUUGCAAGAAUUUGGAGUAAAGUUGAAGGCCAGCAAAAGCAAGAGCCCAUUAGACAUCAAGUUUUCAGGCCAUGUUCUGGAGCUUCCACAGAUUUUGGUGAUGGAUCUCGUGACUGAAGCUUUGUUCUUUAAUAUGAUUGCUUUUGAACAGAUCCAUUGUCCUUUUAUCUCUUACAUUACUAGCUAUGCUCUUGUAUGGAGUCGCCUCAUCAACACAAAGGAAGAUGUGGAUGUCCUGGUUGAUAAUAAAAUAGUCCGCAGCUUCAUUACUAAUACUGAGGUUGUUCUGUUGUUUAGAAUGAUGGAAAAGAAUGAAGGUGUAGCAACGCUGAUUACUUAA